ACACUGGUGAAAGAGUCUGACUGAUACUGUCUGCAAGCUGAUCGGCUGCAUAUGCUGGUACUGAAUGUCUACUAAACGUGCUAAUCGAAAGGACCAGCGCAAAGCCUUGGCAAGGAGCAAAAGCGCGGCAAGGCCGAGACCUCCAGGACCUGGAAGGGAUAUUUCAAGGAGACCUUAUGAGAUAACAGUCAUAGUUCUUGGUGCUACUAGGGUUGGAAAAUCAGCAAUGGUUUCGCAAUUUCUUUGGGAAGGAUUCGUUAGCGACUACAGACCAACAGUUGAAGAAUUCAACUGGAUAGAGUAUGAGUUAGGAGAGGGCAGCGCGCUAAUGUUACAGGUUAUUGAUUCUAGCGGAUCUCGUGACUUUCUUGCAAUGCGACACUUCUAUAUUAGAACGGGUGACGCAUUUUUGGUUGUGUUUUCCAUCGACGAUGCUCAAUCUUUUGAAGAGGCGAAAAGGAUAAUUGAGGAAAUACAAGAAGAGAGGAAUAAAAAAGUGCCAAUCGUUCUUGUUGCGAACAAAUGUGACCUUUAUGCAGACAUUAUGGAUUGGAAAGUUAGGGGGUCCCACCAGUACGCCUACACUCAUUCGAUUCCCAUUAUGGAGUGCAGCGCUAAACGACAGACAGAGGUAGCCGAGGCAUUCAAAGAACUUCUCGAACGACUUCGUGAUGAGAAUAGGAUAGGGAUCACCAAUUUAGUGAAGCGAAGACAAUCAAUGCCGAGUACCCGAGCCUACAGCGGUAUCGAUGUGGCGGAUGUGGAAAAGCUGAAAGGCAAACAAAAAUCAAGUUGUGUGAUCUCUUGAGAUCUGAUUCUGUGUUUUGACUGCAAAUUUCUCUCCGCUCAAACUGCUUGCCACCAUUACUAGACAUCCGCUAGCCUACUAUGUGUAUAUUCUCUUCGUUCACCAAUCUAUUGAUAAAUAGUGACGGGUGCAGAAAGCUUUACUAUAGAAAUAAAUAUUGAGAAGCUGUG